AUGAAUAUGCAGGAGCAAGUCAUUGAGGAGAUCGCACGAGUCCUGAAGGUCUCAACAGACGAGGUGGACGUUUCCUUGAAUUUUGCCCAUCUUGGAGGACAUUCGUUGGCUGCUCUCCAACUUGCACGCGCCUGCAAGCACCGAGGAAUUGAAAUUUCCGUCGGCGAGAUAUUGCAAUGUCGUUCUAUCACUGAUCUGAUAUCGUCUGCGAGGCCCAUCCAAGUCUCGAGCAAAAUAGAAAAGGCAAUGGAUGCCAUGAAUACCAUCGACGCGAUCGACGACUUCCUAAAUCCUCCAAAACAACAGACUACAUCGAAUACUAUACGCUACCCCAUCCCACGGUGCCUGACUCCCCCAUCCACCCUUCCCGACUCUUCGGAUUCCCACAAAGUCUCCAUUCCGGAGAUGCAGUUAUCGUUAAUCAGGGGCAGCUUAACGCGGCCAGACCACAAUAUCCUGGCCUACAGUCGCAGGUGCUCCGCGCACCAGUUGCCUGCAAUGAGGGAGGCCUGGCAACGUGUCCUCGAGUGUGAGGAGAUAUUCCGUACAGAGUUUCAUAUCGAGGACGGCCAGGAGUACCUUAUCAGCUCCGGCUUUACCCCGAGUCAUUGGACAGAGAUUACAAUGAGGGACAAGGCGGCCGUCGAGGUCGAGUUAAUGCAGCCUCCGAGCUUCACUGGGGUUGGCUGGGAGUUUCGGACAAUCACUAUCGAGGACAGUGACACGGCUUAUCUCCUAUGGCACGUUCACCACGCCCUAAUAGACGGAUACUCGAUGAAGAUCCUCCUCGACAAGGUCUCGCGCGUGAUGGCGGGGCUCCCCGUCCUCCCAGGACCAUCGUUCGUAAACGUCGCCCGGAUGCGAGAGAUGCAGAUUGAGCAGCGCCAGGAUGAAGCCAUAGCCUACUGGAAAUCGCAGAAAGAAAGCCUGGAGAAUGCUACAACUGAGAUUGGGCUGCCUUGCUUGCCAACCAGCGUUAAGCAGUCGAGUUUCUGGAAUGGUCUAGCCAUGUACCCAGUGGGCGUGACAUCCUUCGAACUCGAGCAGUACGCGCAUUCCCAUGGUGUGACUGUUGCCUCCAUCUACUAUGCGUCUUGGGCGUUGGUCCUGUCCAGGUUGUGUGACUCCGACUGCGUUCUGUUUGGGGCCGUUGUGUCCGGCAGGUCGUUACCCGUUGCUGGGAUCCUGGAGGUGGUCGGUAGUCUGGUGAAUACACUACCAAUCGUCGUCACCGUGGAUGAAAAGCUUGAUACAAGCGCCUUCGUGAAGAAGGUAUUUGAGCAGAUCGUGGAGCUCGCCGCGUAUGACUGGACAGUGCCCGAACAUGGCUAUCACCGACGCGUGUCGUCCGCCCUGGCGAUGCAGUUUGAUGUCGUCGGUCAGGACCCUUGCGCCGCGACACAGCAGCUACCUCUGCCCAGUUCGCGGAUGAACAGCGAGAUUCCCCUGAGCUUGCUCAUAGAGACUGAUGGAACAAUCUGCAUACAGUACUCGGAGCAGCGGUAUCACAAGGAACAAAUCGACUUCGUCGGGCUCCAGUUCUCCCAAAUGGUCGCACGCCUACUACGAGGCCCCAACACCGUGGGCAUGUGUGUUCAGGAGAUGGUCUCCCUACAGGACCGUCAAGCAUUGUUUCAAUUGGGCAACUGCCUGUCAGCAUCGACGACKGAAACAUCUGUUGAUGAGGAUCUGGUAACCCUCAUGAAGAAGGCAGCCUCGAAUGAUCCGCUCGCGUGCGCUGUGCAAAGGCUAGACCAGACCAUGUCAUACGAAGAGCUCGAUCGCUGGAGUGACUGUGUUGCGCUGCAUCUGGCCACCGUUAUUCAGAAGGGAGACGUUGUCUGCGUGCAUGCGGAAUCGUCCAUCUACUGGACUGUGGCGGUCUAUUCCGUUCUCAAAGCCGGCGGCGUUUACUGUCCUCUCAAUGAAAAGCUGGAUCCCGAGCUUAGAGAGAGCAUGUUUGAGCUAUCGGGAGCCGCAGUGUUCCUGACACCGUCAACCGUGGAAACGAAGUGUCGUCCCAGUGCAAGUCGAUACUGCUGGGCCGUUCAAGACCUUCUGCAACAGCCCCAAGAAGGCGAAGAAGUAUCAGACCAGGGCCGUGAAGCUGAUCCUGCUGCGAACGCAUAUCUCUGUUUCACAUCCGGGUCCACCGGCAAGCCCAAGGGCGUUCUAUGCACGCACCAAGGGCUGGUUGCAUUCCAACGGGACCGGGAAGUCCGGCUGCUGGCACAGCCGGGGCGCAAGAUCGCGCAGAUCAUGUCUCUCUCAUUUGAUGGCAGCAUUCAUGAGCUGUUUUCUGCUCUAAGCUAUGGAGCGACUUUGGUUCUGCCACAUCCGAACGACCCCUUUGCCCAUCUUCUGGAGGUAGACACAUGCAUUCUCACCCCCUCUUUGGCUGCGACCAUGGACCCGAGUGACUAUCCGAACCUGGCGACCGUCUAUCUUGUCGGUGAGCAAGUAACGCAAGAUGUGAACGACCGAUGGAGUUCGUGCACAACGCUGUACAACAUGUAUGGUCCUACGGAGGCCACCUGUGGUGCUACCAUCAAGCGAUUACUCCCAAAGCGGAGAGUUACUAUUGGGCGUCCGAAUCCUUCCACGCGGAUCUAUAUCCUGGAUCAGCAUCGGCGCCUGGUCCCCCGUGGAAUGACGGGCCAGAUAUACCUUGCUGGAGUGCAGGUCUCCAAUGGCUAUCUCAACCAACCUAGUCUGACGCGCGAUAGGUUCCAUGCGGACUCGGUAUGCCGAGGAUUGCGAGAGCGUAUGUACGCCACAGGGGAUAUGGGAUACUGGAACGAUGAGGGUGAACUCAUCUGUCUGGGCCGGAAUGAUCGCCAGAUCAAACUUCGGGGGUUUCGCGUAGACCUUGAGGACCUCGAGGCUCGCAUCUCCACGAUUCAAGGUGUCAAUGCGGCGGCCGUCACUCGCCAUGAAGACGAACUGAUCGCUCUGGUGCAACCCAGCAGCAUCUGUGCGACAACGUGCAAGGAACGUAUGGCUAGUAUGCUCCCAGCUCAUGCCAUCCCACGGUAUAUCAUCCCCGUCGACCGGUUCCCCAUGACGAUGGCAGGCAAGCUGGACUACAAGGCGUUCCAUAAUUUGCUUAAGCGGACUGGUACUGCCCAGGUGGAUAAACAAAUGAGCUCUACGGAGCAGCGUAUUGCCAAAAACUGGUCUGACCUUUUGGGGCAACUGAAGACCAAAGAGAUCUUCCCGGACUCCAGCUUUGUCGCGAUGGGCGGCCACUCCCUUCUGCAGCUGCGCCUGGCCAGUCGUCUUUCUGCCGAGUUUGGACGCCCUAUUCCUCUCGCCCUCAUUGUCAACGCCCUAUCUCUCCGCGAUAUGGCGCGCCAUGUGGGUAAACUUGUCGCCCGCGGCUGUCGCCUAGCCACCCAGUCCGGGAUCCAGAUGGGACCGAACGAUGUUUCCCGGAUGGAGGGCGAAUGGCUGGCCAAAUACAGUUACAACACGAGCAACAGCAGUGGUGUCAGCUCGUUCAACGUGUCUUUUGCCUGCCACCUUGCUCCGUCAACUGAUCGGAAUCGCCUGUGCGCCAGCUGGGAUAAGGUCAUGGCUGAUCACCCCAUUUUACAAUCCAGAUAUCCAGCCAGUGGCAGGAUGGCCCCAGCUCGAGUCUACUCGCAUCAGCCACCCAAAGCUCAAUUCAUAGAUGAGCUUGAUGAACGCGCGGAAAUCAACCGGCCUUUCCACGUGGAUCGGGAGGAUCUCAUUCGAGUCUUCAUUUCCCCGACGUUGAUGCUGGUCGUCGUAAGCCAUCUCAUCUGUGACCUUACCACUAUGCGAUUGCUACUGAAGCAGGUGGAGAAUGAAUACCACGGAAAAGGCCUGCAGCAAGCCAGUAUCCCUUACGAAACCGCUGAUGCCUGGAAACGACAGGCCUCGGACGAAGAUCUUGCUUUCUGGACUACAUACCUGAAGGACGCGCCAUACCCGGAAUCACAGCGAAGAAGCUACAAUGGCCGAUCGCGGCUGAGUAUCAUCCCAAAAGCGACAUCCCAUGCAGUGACGCAUUUCGUCCAGACGUCCCCUUUCACCCAUCACCAGCUCGCUAUUGCAGCCGUUGCUCUAGCUCUCAAUACGAGAAAAGACCGUAUGGAUGUCCUUCUUGGGGGCCCGUUUGCCAACCGAUGGUCGGAAAAUGACAUGAACACCAUCGGUCUAUUUCUGGAGCCCCUGCCCAUUCGGAUCCAGUUUGAUGCAGACCAUUCUUCCGAUGCUCAGGCCUUCCUGCAGUCUGUGUUGUGCUCUAGCCAGGCGGCCCUUUCGCAUGCCGUUCCGUGGCAGGAUCUUCUCUGCCACCUGGGGGUGACGCCGGGAUAUCCCAACCAUCCUCUGUUUGAGACGGUGGUCACCUUCCACGAGCGACAGGAUGCGCUGACAUUCGCCCUGGACGAUACGACUACGCUGCUCCCCUGGUCCAAUGGUGCCAAAUUUGGUCUUAUGUGUGAAUUUACGGCGCUGCCUGACGGACGGAUCCUCCUGCGUCUGGAGUAUGAUGACACACUCUGGGACGAAGUGGAGAUAGGUCGGAUUGAAAGAUCCAUCGCGACCUCACUUGAACUAUUCGCCCAGAAUACGUCAUAUGCCGACAUCAUCGACACGUUACGCGGAAUAGCAGAACAGCCCCUAGAAUCGUUGGAGGAGCAACCGGACGCUUUGAAUCUGGUGGACUACAGGCUAUUAUAA